AUGGUUGGUAAUUGUAUUCAAUAUUCUAUUUGGUUAUUGAUCAUUUAUUUUCAUUUAUCUAAUGUCUAUUGGUAUGUGGCAGCUGUAUUAGCAAGUCUCACAGGCGGCAAUAGCGUGAGUGGAUUUAUUUUGAAUUUAUUGAUAGUUGAAUCAACUGUCGAAGAUAAACGUUCAUCCCGAUUUGUUCGAUUGGGAGCUUUGUCGACGAUUGCUUCAGCUGUUGCAUGCGUCAGUAUUGGCUACUGGAUUGAAUAUAGAGGUUAUAGAGAUUUGUAUUGGAUGGCAUUAUUUUUACAAUUGUUAUGUAUUGGAAUUAUUAUUCUAUUUAUGAAACAACAAUCCUCAACGGUUAAUUCCACCACCACUACAGCAGCAUCAAAUCAAAGAUUGUCAGACAUAAUCACCGUUUUUCAUUCAGAUACAAGAACACGAAAGAAGUCAUUAAGCCUAUACUUAACAUUAUUUGCAUACGUAUUUCAUGUUAUUGCUGGUCUUUCAUUUAGUGUUCCAUCGUUGUGGUAUCAAUUAAACUAUCCAUUUUGUUGGACAUCAAAGCAGAUCGGCUAUUACAAUACUACUCAAUCAAUAAUAUGGUCAAUCUUAAGCGUUGCUGGAAUGGAAUUAUUUACCAUAUUAAGAUGGCAGGACUCUUCUAUCUGCUGUAUUAGUCACGUAUGUUUCAUUGUUAAUGUACUGUGGACGUCCUAUGCAAAAUAUGAUUGGCAUCUGUAUCUGGGAUUGUUUAUAGGUCCACUCACAACAUAUCAAGCUACCAUAGUCUAUACAUUAAUAUCCAAAAUUCUCGAACCACAUGAGAUCAAUAAUGCGUAUACAUUCGUUGCAGGAACAAGCACGAUCUUGACUGCAAUUGGAAAUUCAUUCUUCAAUUAUUUAUAUUCCAUAACGGUGACGUAUUCUCGAGUAUUUACAUUGUACUUGGCAGCUCUAAUUGCGAUUAUCCCAUUACUGUUGAACGUUUGUUUGUUUGUUGUAACGAAAGACAUGUCAGAUGAAUUGAAUGACAAAGUGAUAAAACGAACAUCGCUAUUGUUACCUGACAAUCCAUUACAAGUACCAGAUGUUGCAGUAUUUGCUAAAACUGUGAGUGUAUCAAGAAGAAAUCAAUACUAA